CAUUCUCACACUCUCUCCCUCUCCCUCACAUCACCAACAACAAUGGUUAUCUCUCUCGGCCCCGGCAAGUUCUACGGCACCAGCCUCCCCCGUCCUCGCUUCUACACCGACAUCAAGUUCAACGACCACCGCGUCGACCCACCACUCCCCGUCAACGACCCACUCUUAUCCUGGGCCGAAGAAGCCCACUGGUCCAUGGGCGGCCUCAGCUUCAACCGCCUCCGCCUCCAAGGCAAGAUCGAAGGCAACGUCGAGCGGCUCCGAUCACAACGCAAGAAGCAGGCCAAGGCCCAAGCCCAGGCCCAGGCCAACAGCCCAAUCCCUCCCUCCCGCUCCGAUGAUGCCAGAUCCAAACCGGUUGCCUCUCCCUCUCCGCCGCCGGCUCCGAUCGCGACGAAGCGGCGGAGGCUCACCGAUCUGAUAGAGGAGGAGGAGAGCAUUGACAAGAUUAGGGCUGCGACUCUCGGUGCGAGGAAGAGGCGGUUGGUGAAGAAGCUUGGAGAUGAUUUUGACCGUGUGGCGGAUUCGGAGAAGGAGGAUGAGCGAUCUGAAGAGGUGGGUUCUGAAUCUCCUGAUUCGGUUGCGGUGUUGAAGAAUCGGAGACGUAGAUUGGUUAAAGCUAGUGAUGCUGUGAAGAAGGUUGCUGAAGAGGGAGAGAAAUCAAAAUCAAAAUCAAACCCUAGGGGAAGCAAGAGCAUGAGUGAAGCUGAGAAGAGCCCUGUUUCUGAGAAGAAAGGGGCUAGAACAUCACCCAGAUUGGCAAAGAAAUGAUCCAAUUAGCCAUGUAGUGAUAUAACAUUGUUUUUCUUCUUAGCUUUUGGUUUUUUUUCUGUGCCAUGUUUGGUACAGUUUCUUUAGUCUUGUAGACUCUUGAUUUGUGAAUGUUCUAUUCUUCCGGAUUUGUACAGUGCAUUUGGCACCUGUUUCAGAUAAUCAAUGAUUAGUCUUUUCUAGAUCUUCUUAA